AUGAAUGGGAGUCAGUACAUCUGGAUACUCAGUGGAAAUCUUCUCAAAAAUGUGGCAGUGAACAAAAAAGCUGUCCAGUCUUCACAAGGACACUCUUUUGGUGAUGCUGGCAAGGCGGUUGAUGGGAUCAAAGAUGGGAGAUUUAUUAAACAAUCCUGUACCAUAACCAAAGAAGAGUCUAAUCCCUGGUGGAGGGUCGACUUGGAGACUGUGUACAAAAUAACAGCUGUAACAAUAACCAACAGUGAUGGCUUUCCAGACAGGCUCGAUGGUGCCGAAAUAUGGAUUGGAAGCUCAGAUGAGACCAAUGACAACAAAAAUAUAAGGUGUGCAGCCAUCUCUCACAUCCCAGGCGAUCAAACAGUUUACUUUCCAUGUAGCUUUGGUGAGGGACGCUACGUCACAGUACUUCUCCCAGGAGAACAGAGGAUUCUUACUCUAUGCGAAGUGGAGGUGUUCUCUGCAGACUAUGCAUAUCCUUUACCCAAUGUGGCGCUGAAAGGAGAAGCCACACAGUCAUCAACGUUUUCUUUUGCUGCUGCCUCCAAAGCCAUUGAUGGGAGACGUAACACAAUCUACAGCAAUGGGUUUUGUAGCCACACUGCCGGGAACGAGGCUGACCCCUGGUGGAAGGUGGACCUGCGAAGAACACAUAUUGUCACAUCUGUCAAAAUCACCAACAGAGGAGACUGCUGUGCUGAGAGACUGGAUGGAGCUGAGAUCAGGAUCGGGAACUCACUGGAGAACAACGGAAACAACAACCCCAGGUGUGCUUCCAUCUCCCACAUCACAGCGGGUAAAACCAUUACAUUCCACUGUGAUGGAGGCAGCAUGGAGGGUCGCUUUGUAAAUGUGAUUAUUCCGGGAAAUAGGAAGAUUCUCACCCUGUGUGAAGUGGAGGUGUAUGCUGCCCCAGCAGUGGAGCCUCUUCUAAAUGUUGCCUUACAGAAACCAGCCACACAGUCAACGUUUUUUCUUUUAGAGAUAGCCUCUAAUGCUGUCAGUGGGUGUAAAAGUGGAUUGUCUUUGGAAGGAUGCUGUAGCACUACACUUCUACAGUAUUAUCCCUACUGGAGAGUAGACUUGUUGGCUAUGCACAAAAUUAGUGCUGUCACCAUCAUCAACAGACAAGACGGUAAUCAUUUAUGGCUUCAGGGGGCGGAGAUCAAGAUUCGGAACACCCUGUCAUCCCUUGGCUUCACAUUGCACACAUGUGGUACUGUCCCAAAAGUAGUGGAUUCAAGAGAGCACACCUUCCAUUGUGGAGACGUGGAAGGUCGUUACGUCACGGUGACAAUUCCAAAACUCUGGCAGAUUCUGUCACUCUGUGAAGUGCAGGUGUUUGCUUCUCCCACAGUGCCAGAAGUAAUCACUCCAUCUCUGCCUACGCCUCCGCCUCCUCCCAGUGUGGGUAAACUGCUGGGUGGCAGGAAUGUGAUGGUGGUGGGAGAGAGGCUCUGCUGGUCCGAUGCUCUGUUCUUCUGUAGACGCCACCACUGGGACCUGCUUCGCCUCCGCAGCCUGGAAGAGCAGAGAGAGGUGGAGCAGCUGCUGAUCACCAGUCCUUUCCCCCUCACACACCAUGUUUGGCUGGGGUUGCGCAGAUACAUAAUGGGCGACAGAUGGUUCUGGAUGUCUGGCGAGUCCAUGAAAUUCAAACAUUGGAGGCGUGAUACUGCCCCUCACCGUUACGCCAGCCCUUGUGGAGGCAUGGCCGGAGGAGAGCCCUACCUGUGGGGGGAUCGGCCCUGUGGCGAGCACCUCAGUUUCAUCUGCCAAUCAGGUGCCGAGGUGGGAGCACAACGAGUGCAGUUCUACAGCUUCAACAAAGCCACAAGUCAGGCGACUUAG